AAAAUUAAUGUUUCGCCAGGCAGUAGAAAAAAGUAAGACUUGGAUAGAAGAUAAAAAUGACAACCCGUCUAUCACCUACAUCGAGCUAUACCAGGAACUUGAAUCAGCGACUACUUCAUUGUUGGAUGUAGCCUCACAAAUUCUAAAUGAAAAUCAAGAACACUUAGAAUUAGAAGAAGGAACUCCUUGUUUAUCCCAGUCUAAACCACACACUACAGCAACAGAACAACGCGACCAAAGAAUUUUAAAACAAAAAGUUCAAGAAGAAUCUGAAGUAUUGAGUCGACUUGAGCAGAUAGAGACAACCAUUUCUUCUCUACAAGACGUCAGUCGACUUGAGCAGAUAGAGACAGACAUGUCUUCUCUACAAGACGUCAGUCGACUUGAGCAGAUAGAGACAGCCAUAUCUUCUCUACAAGACGCCAAUGACAAGUUUACAGAUGACAUAUCAGAAAUAAAACAAUGGAGAGACAACUUUGUAACAGAACAGAGUGAUAUGGGGGUAAACAUUGAACAACUGACUAAAAAACAAAAGCAGAAUUUUAAAAACCUCAGAAAACAAAUGAAUGAACAAGAUAACAAAAUAAAGGAGCUGAACAAAGAAAUUGAAAUUUUAAAAGAAAAAGAAUCCAAGUCAAACAACACACUAGAGAAAAUCUCUGUAGAAAUGAAAGAACAUAAAAUCAAAUUGGACAAAAUAAGUAAAGAGUUGCAAGAUCACACAAAUAAAACAGACUGUAUAGCAUUAGAAAUCAACCCUUUAUCUACUGACGGUACUUAUAAGUACCACUUUAAUUAAGCGCCUGUACUAUUUUUAAUUUAAGACGAAUUUUAAAAAUUAUUGAUGUAAUUGAUAGUAUGAUCUCCCUUGAG